AUGACGUCAGCCCCAGGAUUAUCUUUUGCAAACCUGACUCUUAUGUUGGAUUUGCCACAACUACCUGCCAUUUUUUUUGUUAAUGUAAAAAAUAAUGUCAAAAUAUUGACAAACGAAAUCAAACAAAAUAUUACACCAACCGAAGAUAUAUUUUAUCCACAUAAUAGAAUUAAUUUACAAAAUAAAAAAAUUAAUAAAAUGGGAAGAGUACGGAAAUAUAGCAAUAAUGAAAAUUGGCUAUUUGGAAAUCCAUUUUAG